CGUCCAUUCCCUCGCACUCUACGAUUGGCGGCCUCGCAGCAACAGCAGCCAUGUCGUCGUCAGCUGCAUCGGAGACGGCGCCAGACGUGCGCAGCCUCGCCGCACUGCUGCAGGAAACGAUUGCGUCGAACAAGCUGUCGGCAUCGCGGGUCGAGCGGGUGCGCGCGGCGGCACUGCCGCUCUAUGCACACCCGUCGCAGCUGGAAGAGUGCAUCAUGAAUGCGCAUCGCCAGGCCACCUCGUCCACGAGCGUCUCAUCACUCUACCUCGUCGACGCAGUGUGCGGCCAAGCUCGCAGUCUUGCUAAGCGGAAGCGCGAGUGCCUGGAGGCCAGCAAGGAGGGCGCAUCUGCCGAGUCGGCGGCAGACGGCAGCGGCAAGGUGGCCUCUGCAGGAGACGCACAGCGCUUCCUUGAUCGCAUGGACAGCAGGGUGGAGGAGGUGGCGCUGCGCACGCUCAAGAUCGUCAGGCCGGAGCAGAGGGAGAAGGUGUUCAAGAUCAUCGACAUCUGGCACAAGUCAGGCACGUUCAAGUCUGCGACGCUCAGGGCCGUGCGGACGCGUGCCAAGAUCGAAGAGACGAAGCUGCUCGAGCGCGAGUCGGACCGCGCAGCGCAGCGCAAGGAGAGAGCGAGCCAACCGGACGAGAGCGCCUCGAGCAAGGCCGAGAAUGGCAAUGCGCCAGCGAAGGAGCCGCUCACGGGUCUGCCGUCGCAUCUCCGCGCUCUGCUGGACAGCGGCUCGGCCAGUGCAUCACCAGUGCGGUCCGAGGCAAGCGACGAGCGCGAGCGCGCCGACUCGCCAGGCGCGCUGGCACUCAUGGGCGCCGAGGUGCCGCCGCCUCAGAAGCCAGAUGCUGGCAGCGCCGUGCCUUUGACCUCUGUGGCGCCUCCAGCCGGCGGUCUCAACGCCGCGCUUGCGCUGAUACAGCAACUGUCCUCGUCUGGCCUCUUGCUGUCACAAACGCCGGCCGCGGGCAGCGCAAGUGCCGCCGCCGCAACCACGUCUGGCUCGCAUGUGCCUACACGGCUGCCGCCAGGGAGCAGCCUGCAGAGCCCGCCUCUUGGCGCGCAGCCACCUCAGCUUGCGUCGCCCGCAUCAGGUCCGCCUCCGUCUGGCCCACUCCCCACUCAGAUGCCAGGUCGGGCGCCGCCAAUGCCGUCUCUGGCUUCCUCCUGGGCGUCACAAACAGCAGCUGCGCCACCUGGCGUCAAGCGUGCUGCAGAAGAGAGUGCAGACGCAGAGAGCAGCAAGCGCUCCCGGCCCGCACCGGGCGGAGUGCAGCCGGACCCGAGCGUGGGCGACAUGUCGACGUGGAACAUGGCCACGUUCUUCCCGACGCCCGACGCGCUUACGGAGCUGGCGCAGCGCUGGUACAACUCCUUUCAACAAAUGCCCAGCCAGCCCGAGAUGUUCGCGUGGCUCGCGCAGAUGAACAUGCAGAUGCAGAUGCAGAUGCAGAUGCAAGCGCAAGCAGCGAGCCAGGCGCAGAUGGGCGGGGGCGGCGGCGGCGGCUGGGGCGCAGGCUGGGGCGCAGCAAGUCCGCCAGCGCAGAUGCCGCAGAACUCGUGGCAGCCGGAGGGAGCAGGCGCGCCGGGCGGCUGGCAAGGAUCGCCGCCGCAGCAGGCGCCGACGUGGUCUCCGCCGCCUCCUGGCCCUUAGGCCCACUCGCGACCCCAGCAUGUACUCUAGCCGUAGCACAUAAUCGUACCUUGUCAC